AUGGCCGCCACUAGUUACCUGAAAGAUUCAUCACCAUCAUCAGUUGUAGUAGUGAUGGUUCCAUACCUAUCUCAAAGCCACCUCAACCAACUCCUCCAACUCGCUCAUCUCAUUUCCUCGUACCACAUUCCAGUGCACUACGUUAGCUCAACUCUCCACACUUCCCAAGUCAAGUCUCGAUCCUUAAACCCUCUUCAACAAUUAACAAAAAUCCAUUUCCAUGACUUCCCAUUAAUCCCAACUCUGUCCUCCUCACCACCCAACCCAGGCGCCGGCUCUGGCGGCACAUUGUUACCUUGUGAAGCCACCAAGUUCAUCCGCGAACCUGUCGCCGCUCUUCUCAGAUCACUCUCUUCAAACAUCAAACGACUUGUCGUUGUUCACGAUGUAUUGAUGACUUCAAUUGUCAAUUGCGUCGUUUCUCUACCGAACGUAGAAGCCUAUUCUAUCAGUUGCGCCUCUGUUUUUUCAUUUUUCACCAACACUUUUGCUGCCAUGGGACGAAAUGACAUUAUCCCAAUAAAGAAUUUUCCUCCUCUGGAGUCUUGUUACUCAUCUGUGUUCUUAGAUUUUAUAAAGACUGAGAUGCAAGAAAUGAAAAGUCAAGCUGGACAUCUCUACAAUACUUGUAGAGCUAUUGAGGGAACAUUUCUUGAUCAUCUAGUCAAUGGUUUAAUCAAUGUUAAUCAAGGAGAUAAGAAGAAGAAUAAGAAGACGUGGGCAGUGGGGCCUUUGCACCAAAUGGCAAUCUCUAAGAAGUUCAGGGAUGAAGACCAAUGGCUAUUGGAGUGGCUGGACAAACAAGAGCAAAACAGUGUACUGUAUAUCUCUUUUGGUACUACUACUUCUUUCUCUGAAGAACAGAUCGAAGAAAUUACUGUUGGUUUGGAGCAGAGUGGAGUGAAGUUUAUCUGGGUUUUAAAAGAUGGAGAUAAGAUACAUAGUUUUGACAAUGAGAAACAAGUUAAGAGAGCUGAACUUCCAAAUGGGUUUGAGGAAAGAAUGAGGGAGAAAGGAAUAGGAAUGGUGGUGAGGGAAUGGGUUUCUCAAGUAGAGAUUUUAGGUCACAAAGCCACAGGUGGAUUUAUGAGUCAUUGUGGAUGGAACUCUUGCAUGGAGAGCAUAAGUAUGGAAGUACCUGUGGUAGCAUGGCCAAUGAAUUAUGAUCAGCCUUUGAAUGCUUUAUUGCUCACAGAAGUGCUCAAAGUGGGUGUGGCUGUUUUGGAAUGGAAGCAGACUGGUGAGUUGGUGACUUCAUCAAUGAUUAGUACAUCAGUGAAGACAUUAAUGUUCUCAGAGGAAGGUGGUGACAUCAGGAAGAGGAUUGGGGAGUUGGGUGCAGAGGUACGAAACUCUGUAGCUGAAGGAGGAGUCACUCGUAUGGAAUGGGAUUCAUUCAUUGCACAUAUCACUAGGUAG